AUGGCCCCCGUCGCCGUCUCCAGGACCCAGGAGGCCACCGCGCCCGCUGCCGCCCCCGCCGAGCCCAAGCAGAGCCUCAGCGACCUGCCCAAGGAGGCGCUCAACCGCGUGUGGCGCGGAAACGCCGAGGGCACCAUCAAGCUCGAUGCGUUCCCGGACUACUGGACCAAGACGGACGAGGAGAGCUUGCUCAAGAAGAGGCAGUAUGUCAAGGAGCACCUGGCGCUCACGUUCCGCUACUGGGGCAAGAUGGGCUUCAACGAGGGUGCUGCCGGCCACAUUACCGUCCGUGACCCCAUCCUGCACGACCACUACUGGAUGAACCCCUUCAGCGUGCACUUUUCCUCCAUCACUGUCUCCAAGCUCGUCCUCGUCACUCCCGAGGGAUACGUGCACCCGACGCUCGGCGCGCAGCUGCCCAUCAACGCGGCAGGGUACUGGAUCCACUCGGCCAUCCACAAGGCGCGCCCCGAGAUCAACAGUAUCGGCCACUGCCACUCGGUCCACGGCAAGGCGUGGAGCGCGUUCGGCCGCCCCGUCGAGGUCACCAACCAGGACUCGUGCCUGUUCUACGACAACCUGGCAGUGUACAAGUCGUUUGGCGGCGUCGUCCUCGCGGGCGAGGAAGGUGCGCGCAUCGCCGCGGCCCUGGGCCCCAAGAACCGCUGUGCCAUCUUGCAAAACCACGGCCUGCUCACGCUGGGCGACACGGUCGACGAGGUCGGGUACUACUUUGCCCUGCUGGACAAGCAGUGCCACGUCCAGCUCAUGCAGGAGGCGGCCGAGGCAAACGGGAUCAAGAAGAACCUCAUCGACCCCGUCGACGCGGCGUUCACCGCCGCCACGCUCCAGCACCCCACGGCCGUCCACUUCUCGAUCAAGUCCGAGCUGGACCUCAUCGCCGAGCGCGAGCCCGAGUGUCUCAAGUAA